UGUCAGUGAGGAAGGGUCAGCUCCAAAGCAAAGAACUUCAGUCCGUAAGAGAGAAGAACGAAGAUGGAGGGUAUGAAGAUAUUGCCUAUUAGUUGGAUGGCUCAUCCACAUUGGUUGCAACUGACGCUAUUGGCCAUCUUUGCAAUUCUUCUUCCAUCGGCUUCCUGGGCUCGAGAACACCUGCUUUUGGCAACUAACAAAGCCCUGCCCGUGAGACUGACUGACUACGAGGUAACCGACGCUCCUUCACAGUGUGCUUGCAGAAUUAUGUGCAUCAAAAAUUAUUCCUGCAGCGGCGUUACUGUUCGGGAUGAUGGAGCUCAGCUGACUUGUACUUUCAGCCACGAUGAGGUGUUCGUGGGAAAUCUGAACAGGAACUAUGAUUCCAAUACCUGGAUCUUUAAAGCUAUUGCGGCCACAACAACAACAACUACCACAACAACAACUACCACGACUCCAACUACAACAACUACCACGACUCCAACUACAACAGCUACAACUACUAAGACUCCAACUACCAAAACUACAUCUGCCACGACCACAACUGCAACUACAACUACAGUGAGAGGUUGCCCAGCUAACUUCCAUUUGUUUAAUGAAUCCUGCUACUACUUUAACUGUUCCAUGACGUGGCAAAAUGCAAAGUCUGAAUGCAACAAUCUUGGAGGUGAUUUGGCCAAGAUAACAAAUAACGAAGAGAAUGAAUUCAUUAAAAGCUUUCUUGAGCAUGAAGCAUUGCCUCUUCUACAUCUGACCUCAAUGCUGGGCAUUCUGAUCAGUGCCAACAAGUCUAUGGUCUUCCGACGAAGUCAUAAUGGUCAGGCCUCAUCUUCCAGACAGAUCAGUCAAGAGUGUUGGUUGGGGUCCUCUAGACCUGUAGAUCCAAGACAUCUCAUCGUCCUCAAGUACCUUAGGGGUCAGAUUGGGGAGCAUUCUGGAAAACAUCAAAAUAUUUGGGAGUUAGACUGUAGGAAAGUUUUAAAGAAGAGAUUAGCUCUUAGUGGCCCCGAAAGAGAUGGUUUCCCGAGCUACCUCUCUGAGCAGUAG